ACACACUUGGCUACUUGUCUACUUUCCCCUUGACGUCAUCAUAGAGAACAACGAUGUCAGAAGAACAAACAGAUUUGCUUGUUUCGGAGGAAAAGAGCCACACCAAUGAAUCAGUAAACCUUUCAUAUUUUGAUAACCCGUUCACGACCACAGUAAAGGGUCCCUCCUCACAGCAGAGUAUUAUUGGCGAACCGCUGAUCUUACCAGCCAUCCCGUAUGAUUAUUUUCUCUUCUCCACGCUCUCCACGGUUUUUGGCUUCUUUCCAAUCGGUAUAUUCGCACUUUGGAACUCAAGACAAGUUUACAGAUGCUCAGCACGGGGCGAUUUGAUUGGUGCUAAAAAAUCCGCAAAUAAUGCCCGUAUUUUAUCAUGGAUGUCGUUUAUAGUGGCGAUUUUUCUGUUUGUUAUCAUUGCUUUAACAAUCAUGAUAGCGAGAUCGAAACAAUAG